UAUGGGCAGAGGUGAUUUCAAUAGCAGAGGUGGAGGAAGAGGUGCCCCUAGAGGUGGAAGUUUCGGAAGAGGAGGUGGAAGAGGAGGAAGACCUCAAUAACCAUAAGGCCCACCAGCAAAAGUUGAACCAUUCGCUACUUUUUCACAUGUUUGUGGAAACCAAAUUAUUGUUAAAGCUUUAGGGAAGCAAUUAGUAUUAAACAUAUUUAUUAUUAGGUUCCAAGGUUCUUUAGAAGUGUAUAUUUUGAAAAUAAGCAAUCGAUUGGUAAAGUUGAUGAAAUUUUUGGUCCAAUUGAAAAUUUCUUAUUCUCAGUAACAUUAGAAGAAGGAAUUACUCCAAAAUCAGUACUAAAAUAUUUAAUCAAAGUUCAAAUAAGAUCAAUUGAUUUAUAUGGAUGCCUAUGAUUGCAUGCCUAUGGAUAGAUUUUUACCAAGGCCAAAAGGUGCACCAGGAAUAAGCAGAGGUGGAGGCAGAGGAGGAUCAAGAGGUGGAGGCAGAGGAGGACCUAGUAGAGGAGGACCAAGAGGAGGUGGUUUUAGUAGAGGAGGACCUAGAGGAGGAGGUUUUAGUAGAGGAGGACCAAGAGGAGGCGGUUUUAGUAGAGACGGCGGAUAAUAAAGAGGAGGUUAUGGAAGAGGUGGAUUUAAAAGAUGAU